AUGUGCGUGUUCUAUUUGGGUUCUGGACAUAAUCCGAAUCGAUAUACGAAAAAUCUAGAUGUUGCUAUAGUUGAUUUUGAUGGUGAACAAGCAGGUAGCUUCUUUCUCAAUGCUUUUCGAACUACACCACCUGGAAAUUUGACUCUUCACUGGGAAUACAAGAAUCCGAAUGACUAUGGCAAUAGUGUGAAUGAGACUCAACAAGCUGUCGAUGAUGGACAAGUGUGGGCCAUUGUAGUACUUCGACCAAAUAUCACGUCAACUAUUAAUAAGUCUUUAUAUGCUCUGAUCAAUUCUACAACAUUGGUGACUUACCCAUUUGUUAAUACACCUCCUGUACUUGUUACUUAUGAUGAAGGACGAAACCCAUUUACUCAAAACGUUUUUGUAUUACCACCUAUUCGUGCAGCCAUUGCGACUGCCAACAAGCAGUAUAGUCAAGCACUUCGUACAACAAUCAGUUCCAUUUUAUCAUCUACAGCUUCUUCAAAUAGUAAUCGAACAUUGCAGCUGCAGAAUUCUCUACGUCUUAAACAGCUUCUUGCCAAUCCAUUCGCUGUGCAAUAUACUAAUCUUCACCCUGCUCUUCCUUAUGUGGGUAUGUUUGAGUCUAAUAUUAUUGGAACUAAAAGAAAACUUGAAAUUGCUGUCAAAAUUCUAAACUUGUUCUCUAAAUAA